GAGUGAGUGAGUGAGUGAGUGAGUGAGUGAGUGAGUGAGUGAGUGAGUGAGUGAGUGAGUGAGUGAGUGAGUGAGUGAGUGAGUGAGUGAGUGCUGUCGGUUGUGCGUUAUCUGACUUCGUGCUUCUCCCUCAGAUCAUGACAGCCCUGGGCUGCCUGAGUCUGAGUCUGGCGGGCCUGGUGGUCGCGAGCCCGCCUUACCAGGUGGUUGCGGAGAGCCGGGCGGACCAGCAGGGCGGCGCCCAAAGUGAACAGCCUCCGGUGGCGGCAGCGACUGUUGCUGUUGCUGCUACUGCUGACACUGACGCAAAAGACAAGCGGGCCGCCAGCAGCUACGUCCACACGGCGGCCGGCUACGACGGAUACAGCAGUUACUCUGGCGACACCUAUCACCAGUCGGUCGCCACGCAGCAGUCUGUGGGCCAGCUGCAGGUCGCCGGCCAGACCCCGCUGCAGCAGCAGCAGCAGCAGCAGCAGCAGCAGCAGCAGCCUCUGCAGGCCGUGGGCCAGACCUCGGGCCAGCCCCUCCUCCAGUCGCUGUACGCGCUGACGCAGCCCCUGCAGGCCGGGGUGCUGCCGCUGCAGCCCAUCCACGUGCCGGACGUGCAGCACCAGACGCUGCACACCGAGGUCACCAAGCAGGUGGCCGUGCCGCACCCCGUGCCAGUGCACGUGCCCGUGCCCCAGCCCGUUCCCGUGCACGUGCCCGUACCCCAGCCCGUGCACGUGCCCGUACCCCAGCCCGUGCACGUGCCCGUGCCGCAGGUCAAGACCGUGCACGUGCCCUACCCGGUGCAUGUGCCAGUCCACGUGCCGCAGCCCUACGCGGUGCACGUGCCCGUCCACAUCGUCAAGACUGUCGCCGUGCCCGUGGAGAAGCCCGUGCCUUACCCCGUGGAGAGACCAGUGCCAUACCCAGUGGACAAGCCCUACCCAGUGGCCGUGGAGAAGAGGAUCCCAUACGCCGUCCCCAAGCCUUACCCGGUGCCCGUGCCAGUCUACAAGAUCAUCUACAAAGAGGAACUUGAUAAAUACUACCGCCCAGAGAAAUAUGAGCACAAGAAAUUCACACCUUUCAAGGACUUUUUCAACAGAAAGGAUUCUGUACUGUCACACGUGUUUAAUAAUAAAAAGAACGACUUCGCUCCUAAAAUCAUCUCUCCCCACCCACACCUUCUCUCCCACCCCCACCCUCACCCUGCUUACCCUCACGACGAUGACUAGUCGGCCGGUCGCGGUGAUUCACUAAACAAAUUCAAACUACUAGUCCAUUUAAAGCGCUAACGCAGCAGCAAAGUUCCUAUUUCUGAGUGUUUCAGCAGGUGUUUUAUUUCCGGUAUUUUCGACUGACCAAUACGACUGGCCGGAGUAAUCAUAUGUGUUGCAUCCUUCCUGUAUCAUGUCCACUAUGUUACAACGCUCAUGCUCAGUAUUUGUUGUUGUUAUUUUUGUUUUUCCUUUACUGUUUCUUGUUGUACCUCAUGUUGUUUUAUAAACUAAUAGUUUUCCAUGA